AUGUGGUAAUGUGCAACAACAAUAAGAUAAAAGAUGUUCGGUACAAAAUUAAUGCGGCAUUUGUUAAAAAAUACAUCGAAAUGUUUAAAUAAACCAAGUUUUAUCCAGUUGCCUUCUACGUCACAAAACGUUUUAGUCAGAAAUUUGAACAGUUUCAGUCGUGAAAAAAGUGCACUUCUUUGUGGAAUUAAUGGUUCCACAGCUACAUUUACAAGAAAUUAUGCUAAAGGAAAGGACAAGAAGAAAGAGAAAGGCAAAGGAAAGGUACAAGUGAAUGAACAACAAAUAGGUGAACUGUUGAACAUUGAGACUCUUAAGAAUCAAAUGAGCAAAUCUGUAGACAUUUUAAAAGAUGAAUUUGUCAGACAUUUAUCAUUAAGAUCUACAACUGGUGCGUUUGAGUCAUUGCCAGUAAGUAUAGAUGGCAAACAACAUACCUUGCAGGAAAUUGCUCAGAUUGUCAGGAAGAAUCCCAAAACUAUUAUUGUGAAUAUGGCCACUUUUCCUCAACACAUCAAAGCAGUUUUAAAAGCUAUAGAAAAGUCAGGAAUGAAUUUGAAUCCACAGCAAGAAGGAACCACUUUAUUUAUUCCUAUUCCUCAGGUCACUAGAGAACAUAGGGAAGGACUGGCAAAAAAUGCAAAAACACUCUUUAUUAAAUGCAGAGAUUCAGUUAGAGAUGUUCAAACCAAAUAUGUGAAACAAUUGAAGAAAAAGGAUGGAGUUUCACAAGAUGUUGCUAGGAGUGUUGAACAACAAAUUAUAACUAUUGCUGAUGGUUAUAUUAAACAAGGUGAAUCUUUAUUGGAUAGUAAACUGAAAGAACUAAUUGGGAAGGACUAAUUUGUCUUAAGCUGUAUAAUAUUUAGCAUUUUAUGUUUAAUUUAUGUAUAAAUUGAUUGAAAUAAAAAAUUGAAUUAUAUAAGCAAAUAUUUAUUAAAGUAACGACAUAAAUUGGAUUGACAAAACCUUAAGAAUACUUCGCCGUGGCUGCCUC